AUGGCGCGUGUGUAUGCAGAUGUAAACGCCAACAUGCCCCGGUCCUACUGGGACUACGACAGCGUCAACAUCUCCUGGGGCGUGCUGGAGAAUUACGAGGUUGUGCGCAAGAUCGGCCGCGGCAAGUAUUCCGAGGUCUUUGAGGGCAUCAACGUCGUCAACUACCAGAAAUGCGUCAUCAAGGUCCUCAAGCCCGUCAAGAAGAAGAAGAUAAAGCGUGAGAUCAAGAUCCUGCAGAAUCUGUCGGGCGGGCCCAACAUCGUCGCCUUGUUGGACGUCGUCCGCGACAACCAGAGCAAGACUCCCUCACUCAUCUUCGAAUACGUGAACAACACCGAUUUCAGGAGUCUGUACCCGAAGUUCCAGGACUACGAUGUCCGCUUCUACAUCUUUGAGCUGCUGAAGGCCCUGGACUUCUGCCACAGCAAGGGCAUCAUGCACCGCGACGUGAAGCCGCACAAUGUCAUGAUUGACCACGAGAAGCGCAAGCUGAGACUGAUCGACUGGGGUCUUGCCGAAUUCUACCACGCCGGUACCGAGUACAACGUCCGCGUCGCGUCGCGUUACUUCAAGGGCCCUGAGCUUCUCGUCGACUUCCAGGAGUACGACUACUCGCUCGACAUGUGGUCUUUGGGCGCCAUGUUUGCGUCGAUGAUCUUCCGCAAGGAGCCCUUCUUCCACGGCAACAGCAACUCCGAUCAGCUGGUUAAGAUCGCCAAGGUUCUGGGUACCGAGGAUCUUUUCGAUUACCUUGACAAGUACGACAUUGAGCUUGAUGCCCAGUACGAUGACAUCCUUGGCCGCUUCCCCAAGAAGAGCUGGCAUAGCUUUAUCAACGCCGAGAACCAGAGGUUCGUCAGCAAUGAUGCGAUUGACUUCCUUGAUAAGCUUUUGCGCUACGAUCACCAGGAACGUCUGACGGCCAAGGAAGCCAUGGCUCACCCCUACUUCAACCCGGUCCGCCAAGCCGCGCUCCAGAACAGCGCGAGCACGUCUUGA